CAAAACCAUUCCCCAGACAAACAUGUUACUUGGUUUCUGGUACUUCAAUUAUCGAUACUUCACUUAAAUUUUCUCGAAUACCCCAUUUUAUCAGAGAAAUAGAAAAUGUUUGUGAAGCUCCAGUUAGAUACCAGUUGCCUCAACGUUUUAUGCUCCGCGAAAAUCUCACCACCCAACAUCAAUGGAGCUUCAGUUUCAGUUUCAGUAUCAGUUUCUCCUUUAGAAAAGCUCGAAGCCAUCACCAAAAACAAGCAGCAAAGACUUUUCGAGGCUCCCAAUGGAGCAGGGACUAAGAAAUUCAACCGAGUUCGAAAACAGGGUCUUGAUAAUCAACCCGAGUCAAGCAGUCAGACUUUGGAGAAAAACCCAGACAGCGAAAGGAGAGAUAAAACGAGGGGAAGUUUCAAAUUUGUGGAUAAAAGAGUUAAAUUUGAUGCGAUUAAUGGGAAAUUUUCGGUGGAUAAAAUGCACGCCAUGUGUUCGACAAAAUGGGCUUCUUAUGGAGGUUGUAUUCCAGCGAUUUUGGGAGCUUUGGAUAGCGUUAAGGACUUGGACGAGGCAUUAAAGCCAUGGUCUGAGAAGUUAAGUAAUAAAGAAAGGAGUAUAAUUUUGAAGGAGCAAACAAGUUGGGAAAGGGCUUUAGAGAUUUUUGACUGGUUUAAGAGAAAACAAUGUUAUGAGUUGAAUGUAAUUCAUUAUAACAUUAUGUUUAGAAUUCUCGGUAAAGCUCAUAAAUGGGGCUAUGUUGAGAGGCUAUGGAAUGAGAUGAGCUUAAGAGGGAUUGAGCCGAUUAAUUCUACUUACGGUACUCUGAUUGAUAUUUAUAGUAAAGGUGGGAUGAAGCAACAAGCUCUUUGUUGGCUUGGCAAGAUGAAUAAGCAAGGGAUGGAGCCUGAUGAGGUAACUAUGGGGAUCGUCGUACAGUUGUAUAAGAAAGCCGGCGAGUUUCGAAAAGCUGAGGAGUUUUUCAAGAUAUGGUCUUUGAAUGGAUAUUUGAGGCAUGAUGGAAGUGAAACAUCCGGUGCAGUGGGAAGUGAUUCACAUUUGAGCUCAUAUACCUAUAAUACUUUGAUAGAUACAUAUGGUAAGGCAGGGCAAGUUCGAGAGGCUUCCAACACAUUUGAACUCAUGCUUAGAGAAGGGAUUGUUCCAACUACUGUUACUUUUAAUACCAUGAUUCACAUUUGUGGUAACCAUGGACGGUUGAAAGAAGUUGCUUCACUGAUGAAGAAGAUGGAGGAGUUAAAGUGCCUUCCUGACACGAGGACGUAUAAUAUUCUCAUAUCCCUUCAUGCCAAGUACGAUGAUAUAAAGAUGGCAGCAGACUACUUUGCAAAGAUGAAGGAGGCCUGCCUUGAACCAGAUCCUGUGACUUACCGCACCCUCUUGUAUGCAUACUCGAUAAGGCAAAUGGUUAGCGAAGCGGAAGACCUCAUACACGAGAUGGAUGAAAGACAUCUUGAAAUUGAUGAAUAUACACAAUCUGCUCUGACCAGAAUGUACAUAGAAGCUGGGAUGCUCAAGAAGUCAUGGUUAUGGUUCAGGAGGUUUCACCUUGCAGGGAAUAUGAGUUCAGAGGGCUACGCUGCCAACAUUGAUGCCUUCGGGGAGAGGGGACAUGUUUCCGAAGCUGAAAAUAUUUUUCUCUGUUGCCAAGAAAGGAAGAGGCUUACUGUCCUUGAGUUUAAUGUAAUGAUCAAAGCAUAUGGGAUAGCAACGAGCUAUGAUAAAGCAUGUUGGCUAUUUGAUAGCAUGCAGAGUCACAGUGUAGUUCCGGAUAAAUGCAGUUAUAGUUCUCUCAUACAGAUUUUGGCUAGUGCAGACUUACCACACGUGGCAAAACGCUACCUGAAGAAGAUGCAGGAAGCCGGACUUAUGAGUGAUUGCAUUCCAUAUUGUGCUGUGAUCUCGGGCUUUGUGAAAUUAGGAGAACUGGGAAUGGCUGAAGGACUAUACAACGAGAUGAUUCAGGAAAAGGUGGAGCCUGAUGUUGUCGUCUAUGGUGUAUUGAUAAAUGCUUUUGCUGAUGUUGGAAGUGUUAAAGAAGCUACCAGGUAUGUAAAUGAAAUGAAGAGUGCUGGAUUGCCUGGAAAUGAUGUUAUAUACAACUCAUUGAUUAAGCUUUAUACAAAAGUUGGUUAUCUAAAAGAAGCGCUGGAAGUUUUUGGGCUACUUCAGUCAUCAGGUUUCCGCCCUGACUCGUAUUCUUCAAAUUGUAUGAUCGAUCUGUACAGCGAGCGCUCUAUGGUUACUCAAGCCGAAGCGAUUUUCGAGAACUUAAAGCAAAAUGGAGAUGCCAAUGAAUUUACAUACGCUAUGAUGCUAUGUAUGUAUAAAAGGAACGGGAGGUUCGAGGAAGCCACUCAUAUCGCAAGACGGAUGAGAGAACUGGGACUUCUAACUGAUUUGUUGAGUUACAAUAAUGUGCUUGGAUUGUAUGCAAUGGAUGGGAGAUUCAGGGAGGCAGUUAGCAUUUUUAAAGAAAUGGUGAGCGCUUGCAUUCAACCGGAUGACAGUACAUUCAAAUCACUAGGAUCUAUCCUCGUGAAAUGCGGAGUUCCAAAACACGCUGUUAACAGGCUGCAAGUUACAAGGAAGAAAGAUGCUCAGAGUGGUUUGCAAGCAUGGAUGGCCACCCUCUCCUCGGUGGUUGGAAUGUAUGAGGAUGAAGAUGAAGAUGGAAAUCAUGAUGAUAAUGUUGAUGAUUAUGCUUAGAUUGUCUCUUAGUAACUGAAUUUUUCGGUUCUAGUUCACCGGCCAAAUGGUGUAUAGCCUAGAGAUGAACUCAUAGAUAACUUGAAUCAAAGGUAUCACCUAUGUAUAGCAGGUAGGCUGAGUUAAAUUCAACGUCCAUGACAAUUUUAUUUA